AUCCCAUCCCCGGAGCAUGCAACCUGGAGUUUAAUUUGGAUAUGGACCCCAAAGUGUAUUUACAAUAUAAUUUGUAUGAAACUACAAUAAUGUUUGCACCAGCUAAUCUCGGCUAUGCACGCGGGGCUGUCGCUCCUGUGUGUGAUGUGAAUAUGGGGCAAGUGUCCAGGUGGCGUCUACAGUAUGACGUCUAUCAGUACUUUUUACCGGAGAACAACCUGAACGACACCAUUCUGCUCACCCACCUGCAGAAAAUGUCCAUGGUCCAACCAGUGGUUACAAACGGUGUUAAGCUGGUUACUUUGUCAUCUAAUGAGCGGACCAGUAUGUCAUUUUCUUCCAUUCCUGGACAAGGAGUGAUCUACAACGUGAUCGUCCGUGAUCCCCUUCUGAAUACAUCAGCAGCAUAUAUUCCUGUCCAUACUUAUGCCUGCACGUUUAACGCAACAAUGGACAACUGCUUCACCCUAGGUCGAAUUUCAACCAAAUUAUUUUUCACAUUUUUUGCGUUGUUAGGACUGUUUAUUUGUUUCUUUGGACAUCAGUAUCUGAAGACAGAAUUCUUUUUCAUGGGAUUUAUUAUUGGAGGAUUUUUGUUCUUCAUUCUCUUGACCAGAACAACCCAGCUUGAUUAUGAUGCACGCUUGGGUCUAACAGCAUUGAUAGGCAUCACAGGCGGGCUCCUGUUUGUGGCGUAUUGGUGGAGAUUUGGAUGCAUCCUC